GUACUAGUACGGUUUAGUGUUUGUGCCUUUGUCCAUGGUGGAAGCCGCAUGAUAUAAAUGGCUUGAUAAAGUGGCCAUAUCAUAUCACUGACAGGUAAAAGUGCCCGACUGGCGUGCCAGCGUGAAGAAGAGAAAAUCAUGCGAAGAAGCGUGGUAGAGAUGCUGGGCUGCGGGCCAGUCAGUAUCGGGAUGGUGAAGAAAUGUCUGGCUCCGGCGGUGUCGAAGGCGACGAGCCCCGUUCGUACCGCGGACACGCGCAUUCACGCGCGGCCCCGCUCCACCUCGUCCAUGCAGGGCUACUUCGAACUGAGUCGGGAAAGGUCUAAAACCGUCACUUCGUUCUACAACCAGUCUGCCAUCGACGCGUCUGCGGAAAAGGCUUCAGUCAGACUGACACCAGCCACAUUGCUGUAUGUGGGAAAGUCUCCAGAUGGCCAUCACAUCCUGAGCAGUGCCAAGUAUCUACAAAAGGAACUGCCCGUUCGCAUUGCCCAUCGCAUCAAAGGUUUCCGCAGUCUGCCCUUCAUCAUCGGCUGCAACCCCACGAUCCUGCAAGUGCAUGAGCUCUAUAUCAGGGCAUACCACAUGCUGAGUGAUUUCCCACCGAUCAAGGAUCAAGAGACAGAGGCUCAGUACUGCAAGCUGGUUCAACAGCUUCUUGAUGACCACAAGGAUGUGGUCACCAUGUUGGCAGAGGGCUUCCGGGAAUGCCGCAGGCAUAUCCAGAAUGAGGCCUUGGUUCGCAAUUUCCUGGACACCACCUUAACAUCUCGCCUGGGUAUUCGCAUGCUGGCCACACACCAUCUUGCUCUGCACGAGGACAAUCCUGACUUUGUGGGAAUAAUCUGCAGGCGAUUGUCACCAAAGAAGAUAAUUGAGAAGUGGGUGGAUUUUGCCAGACGCCUUUCUGAACACCAGUAUGGGAAUUCUCCUCGGGUCCGGAUCAAUGGGCAUGUUGCUGCCCGCUUCCCUUUCAUUCCGUUGCCGCUGGAUUAUAUCCUGCCAGAGCUGCUGAAGAACGCCAUGAGGGCUACCAUGGAGAGCCAUUUGGACACACCUUCCAAUGUGCCUGAUGUAGUGGUCACCAUUGCCAACAAUGACACAGACUUCGUCAUCAGAAUUUCCGACCGUGGUGGAGGAAUACCCCAUCAGAUCCUAGACAAAGUGAUGGACUACCAUUUCAGCACAGCUGAGGAGAGCGCUCAGGAUCCACGUAUGAGCAAUCUUUUCAACAGCAUCACCAACAGUGGAAACCAAUCCAGUCCCAUGCACGGGUUCGGCUUUGGCCUACCCACCUCUAGGGCCUAUGCAGAGUACCUUGGUGGAUCUCUGUCCCUUCAGUCAAUGCAGGGCAUCGGCACAGACGUUUACCUGCGUCUGCGUCACAUUGAUGGUAAAGGGGAAAGUUUCCGCCUUUGAUCCCUGCUUCCAACACUUUGUAUUUCCUCACCUGCUCAAGCCCAGGCACGGAUAGACUGCUGAAGGGCAAUUUGGUCAAAUGGUUGUUUGAUUGCAGAGGCAUAUUAGUUGUGAAUAAUGGAAUUCUGCCCACUGCAUCCUUGUGGUCUUCGAACACCACUGUAUAAAUAAAUUGUGUAGCUGACUGUUGCUUUAACUCCGAAUGGACUUUAACAGCUGUUGAGAUUACUUUUUUUAUUUCUCUUACCGGUCUCUCUGCAGCUGAAUGUUUGGUAGUACACCUUCAGAUUUUGUGUGUGUGAGAAUGAUUAGUGUUAAUAUGGAAAAGCCUUAAGGAGGUAAGUUUAGUUGGUCUGCCUGUAUUUUAAAAAAAAAAAAAAAAAAAAAAACCUUUUUGUUCUUGGGUCACAUGAACAAUAAGCGCUGAGGAGGAAAAAAAAAAAUACAAAAACUCUUGUCCAUGAUGUUUUGUGACAUUGCUGUCUGGUGGAUGGGAGUUGUUGAACAGAUGUAAGAAUUUUCCCUUGGUUGGAUAACUUCUCCACAGGAGUUUUCAGCAUUUACUAACUGGUCUGAUUUUGUGUAAUUUGUGGCAUGUGAUUGCUUGGAAGCUCUGUCACUUUUUUUUUUUUUUUUUUUUGUGUGUUCACCUUGCCUGUGUGUUGCAGACAGUGACUUGGCAUCAGAUACUAAAGUUUCAGGAGUCAGUCAUCUGACUUGCUGAAACGAGGUAACUGACAUUAUCUAGAUUUCAGUCAACAGCUUAAGCUUAAAUGAUACCAAUGAUCUUGUAAACAUCUCUUAUCAACUUGUCUGGCUUUUCCAAUUUCUUGUAUUCAUUUGUUUAGCAGAUUUAUUUUUACUGCAAAUGAUGCAGUUGAAAGUGGAACAGUCUAAAUUAUCUUUUUCAUUGUAUUGUCUGUUAAUAUCCAUAUUGGGGGGAAGAAUAUCAAUUUGAAAAUGCUUUUUUUUUAAAAAAAAAAAAAAAAAAAUCUGUCACAUCACUCAAUUCACACCAUAUACAGUUUAUAUAGCCUUUUUUGUAUAUCUUGCCCAAUAUGUAGGUUUUUUUUUUUUUUUUUUUUUUUUUUUUUUUU